AUGGCUCAGAAGGGUUGGCGAAUGGGAGAUGAGCAAUUCAUCCAAUCCAAUCAAGAGGCAAGCAUUCGUCGAGCCUACUACCAAUUGUCAAUGAAGUAUCAUCCGGACAAGAAUCCAAACGGUCAGGCGAAAUUUCAGGCUAUCAAGGCAGCCUACAACUUCCUCUGUGAGCGUGGACUUCAUUCCGAUGGACCAAAUCGUCGACACAUUCAGCUUCUCAUUCGAGCUCAAAGCAUCCUCUACUCACGAUAUCGAAAAGGUUAG